GUGCUGCCCACUUCUUCUUCUUCUUCUUCCUCCACCACCUCUUCUCCUUCCUUCCCUGCCCAGAUGCGCAUCAUCAGCGACCGGUCGCUCUUCGUGUUCUCCACUCACAACCACGCGUGUUGGACGUGAGAGGGAAGAUUUAAUUUCAGCCACCGCAAAACAACGUGGGUGUCGUGCGUGUGCGCGCUCCGGAGCGUGUGUGCGUUUUUGUGAUGAGGAGCGAACGGAGGGACAUGACAAGCUUCUCGCUAUCUGGACAGAACCAUUGCACCUGAAAGAACGACCUUGCGCGCCUUUCCAUGGAGGAGACCUUUAAAACAUCUGAGAGCAGAAUCCCGUCCCUGCUGCUGAGAAACACCAGAUAAGAGGUCAAGCUUCCCUCAUUCUUAUAUCACAAGUGCCAUUUCAAAGCUCAUUGGAUGAGAGUCUCAUUCGCCCUUGGCUGCCAAAGAUGACGUUGCCAUGGAAACAGCUUCUCCUGUUAUCAAUCAUCGACUGUCUGGCAGAUUGUCUGGACAGCGGAUCCUUCCAUGGUCCCAAAUGGAGGAUGGAGCCCGGCGACUUGUUCAUCCCAGUGGAUUCAAUAGAGGAGGAAGCCACGCUGACAUGUGAUGCCAAGGGCACGCCGACGCCUCAGUACAGAUGGCUACUGAAUGGGACUCUCAUAAAUCUGGGCUUGGAUCCCCGGCGGCGUCUGUCCGGGGGCAACCUCAUUAUCAGCAGCCUGGACCGGUACCAGGACGGCGGCACCUACCAGUGCAUGGCUUACAACACUGUGGGAGCCAUCCUCAGCAGGAAAGCAAGUCUUCAGUUUGCAUACUUGGAUCAUUUUAAAGUCCACACCAGAAGCGCUGUGUCAGUCCGAGAGGGACAAGGAGUUGUGCUGCUUUGUGGAACACCCACUUCCUCAGGAGACCUCACAUAUGCAUGGGUCUUCAACGAGUACCCCUACUUUGUUCAGCAAGACAAUCGCCGCUUUGUCUCUCAGCAGACAGGAAACCUUUACUUUGCCAAGGUGGAGCCCACUGACGUGGGGAACUACACCUGCGUGGUGAUGAACAGCGUCACCAAGGGCAAAGUUCAGAGCUCUCCCACUUCUCUGAUCCUCAGGACAGACGGAGUGAUGGGUGAAUACGAGCCGAAAAUAGAAGUUAAUUUCCCAGACAAUAUACCCGCUUCUAAAGGAUCAACAGUUACACUGGAGUGUUUCGCUCUUGGGAAUCCAGUUCCAGAGAUCACAUGGAAGAGGGCUAAUGGAGUCCCAUUUCCCAGUAAAGUGAAAAUGAAGUAUGCCAACGCUGUGCUGGAGAUCCCCAGUUUCCAGCAGGACGACACGGGAGGGUACGAGUGUGUGGCUGAAAACAAGAUGGGGAAGAACACAGCCACUGGGCGACUGGCGUUCUAUGCAAAGCCUCAGUGGAUUCAGACCAUGAAGGACACAGCCCUGGCCAUCGAGGAUAGAUUGCAGUGGGAGUGCCGUGCCAAUGGAAAGCCCAAGCCUUCCUACACGUGGCUGAGGAACGGCCAACAGCUCCUCUCCGGGGACAGGAUCCAUGUGGAGGAUGGAGUCCUGACGGUGUCGGUGCUGACAAUAUCUGACGGCGGCAUGUACCAGUGUGUGGCCGAGAAUAAGCACAGUGUUAUAUAUUUUGCAGCUGAACUAAUGGUUUUAGCUUCUCCGCCAGAUUUCACUGGGAAUGUCCUCCGAGCAUUGCUCAAAGCCAAGGCAGGAACCACCGUGACCCUGGAGUGUAAACCUCAGGCCUAUCCCAUCGCCAGCAUUCUGUGGAAGAAAGGAAACCUUCCUAUCCACACCUCUGACAGGAUCACGCUCUCUCCAGAUGGAACGUUGCGAGUUGCCAAUGUGAGCAAAUCUGACGCAGGCAGCUACACGUGUUUCGCCAGGAAUAGAUUUGGCAUGUCGAGUACAACUGGAAGGCUUCUUGUAACUGACCCAACCCGAAUCACCCAGGGGCCGGUGGACAUGGAAAUCAUCGUGGGCGAGAGCAUCGUGUUACCCUGUCAAGUCACGAGUGACCCCGUUCUUGAUGUUUCCUUCUCCUGGGCCUUCAAUGGACAGCUCAUUGCCAAGGGUGACGGUCACUUUGAGCUAGUGGGAGGGAGAGCCGCAGGAGAUCUGAUGAUCAGGAACAUUCAGCUUUACCAUGCCGGGAAGUAUAUCUGUGUGGUGGACACCGACGUGGAGAGUCUGUCAGCUGUGGCUGUGUUGAUCGUCAAAGGUCCUCCCAGCCCUCCAGACACCGUGACUGUGGAGGAGGUGACAGACAGCACUGCACAGCUCGCAUGGAGUCCGGGAAGAGACAACGGCAGCCCUAUAACCAAUUACAUCAUUCAAACCAGGACUCCAUAUACAGUGGGCUGGCAGAGGGUCAACACAGUUCCAGAGACCAUCGACGGGAACACUCGUACUGCCACGGUGGUGGAUCUGAAUGCCUGGGUGGAGUAUGAGUUUCGGGUGCUGGCCCGAAACGGAGUUGGAGUUGGAGAACCGAGCCCUGUGUCAGUCAAGACCCGAACAGAGGACGCAGUUCCGGAUGCAGCACCGGGAGACGUCGGUGGAGGAGGUGGAAGCAGGUCUGAGCUUGUCAUCACCUGGGAGCCUGUCCCCGAAGAACUGCAGAAUGGUGAGAGCUUUGGCUACAUCAUUGCUUUCCGGGCAUUCGGCGACGUGAGCUGGACCCACGUGGCCACGUCGGCUCCCGGUGCGGCCCGUUACGUUUACCGCAACGACAGCAUCGCACCUUUCUCCCCGUUUCACGUCAAGGUUGGCACUUACAACAGCAAAGGACAGGGUCCGUUCAGUACUGUGGUCACCAUCUAUUCAGCGGAGACGGAGCCAAGUGGGACGCCGGUGGGAGUUUGGGCCAGAAGUGUCUCAGCCUCGGAGAUUGAGGUGAAUUGGCAGCCUCUCUCCUUCACCCCUGAAAGGGUCCUGGGCUAUGAGGUGGUGUACUGGGAGGACGACACCAAGCCCGAGACCAUGGGCAAGAUGAGGGUGCCCUGGAACCAGACCACGGUCACGGUGAGAGGCUUGGCUGGAAACACUCAAUAUUUCCUGACAGUCAGCGCCUUCAACACAGCCGGCACCGGCCCAUUCCUCCCUGCUAUCAAUGUCACCACCAAGAAGCCUGCGCCGUCCCAGCCGCCGAUGAAUGUUGAAUGGACUCUAAUUGGAUCACACCUCUCCCUGUUCUGGGAGCCGGUGGUGUCAAUGGAGUCGGAGUCAGAAGUCAGCGGAUACCAACUGUCGUUCAAGAGGAGCAAACACAAAGAAGUCAACACAGUCACAACAGUCAACACUACGUUAGUGCUGAAUCUCUCCGAGGACGACGACGACUACAUCAUCCACAUCCAAACACUGAGCGAGGGAGGCCUGGGCCCGGCGUCCGAUCCUGUUCGGAUCCACCAACAAAGUAUGAGUGCCCGAGGCUCCCGAGGCACCGCCGGCAGCGCCCCCCCUCUCCCCCUCCUCCUCUUCAUCGCAGUAUCAACAUUCAGGUCGACGUUGUGACACCAGAAUAGACUCUGCUCAACUCUUUAGGUGUUUUCUUUUCCUUCUCUUUCCCUCCUUUUGUUGGCUAGUUUGCGGGUUCGAGGCAGCACAAAAGCCAAGCACACUGUCAAUCACUUAUGAACAGUAAACGCGUUGGCUUUUUGUCCCCCCCACGACGACGAUUGCUCUUUCGGGAACAAUGCUCCAUUUUAACAGUUUAUUUCCACUUGAGAAUGAGAUGCCUUACUUCCAUUCAUGUGCCAAAGUAGUCUUCUUGUUGUAAACGUGAGAAUAACCGCUGCCGUUCUCAACCUUUUUUAUUGCUCUUAUUGUGGAAGGCGUCUGUGCGCCUUCUGGACAGCCAUGAUAAGGAUUUUUGGAGAUUUUUUUUCACUGGAAUCGGCCUGUGGGAACGUUAAUUCACCUGUGCCUUUGGUGAUUAUUGUACCAACGUCACUUAUUGACACAAGUGAGUGAUACAUGGUGUUUUUAGAACAAACUGCGGUUCCAUUAAGGGUUUGGUUGCGUUCCAGAUCAGAUUAGAACCCAUAAAACACCUCGCAGCAGCAGUGCUCGCCAUUUACCUUUCAUCGUUUGAUUAUAGAGAUGGAUGUAUCUCGGAGGCUUCUGAGGGUUUUAAUGUUUCCGAGCAGUUAUUGAGACGUUCCCGCUGAUGGAUCGGAUUUAACAGCGCAUUCAUGAACAUUACAUCUGCUGGUGUUCAGCGCUGAAGAGCGCUGGUAUUUUAUUCUGCCGCACCAGCGCCGCAAUAAUCAGUUAAUAGACAGGAAGCGCUUGUAAAGCAAAAGAGGAAGGAAUAAGAAGCGGGUCCCAAACUCCUGGUUCGUCACCUGCUCGACACUUAUCUGUCAUAAGGCUACACACGCACCCUGGUCUGCAGAGCACACGUGAUUCAGUGCAACACCCGGGCCCAGCAACAACAGCCUGCCAUGUCCCAUUACGUCUUAAAAAAUGGGAAAAGCUGAUCCGAGCGCACUAUUCUGCUCUCAAACAUGCAGAGCUACGUGCUUCUUUAAACGCCUGCUGCCAGCGUUUUCUUUUCCGGCCAGCCGCGAAAUAACAGCUGCGAUUUGGAAAACUGUGAUAAAAGAUUCUGACGUUUUUUGAUAUGCAGAGUGAGUUGACGGACAAGCAUUUUCGGGAGCUGGGAGAUGCCAGUUGAAGAAAUAGCAGUUAGGUCAGCAGAAUAUAAGAAAAUGGCUGGUUUAUUAAACUUUUCAGUCAGAAUUUUAACAUGAGUGAGCAGUCUUAAAAUUGUAAAUAAAACGACAAUUUGCUAAACAUAUAAAGACAAAAACAAAUGCUUUUUUUUGCUGAUGCAUAUUUUCCGACAAUAAAUAAAUAAAUUGGACUUUAAUUGGAAUUAACGCCUGGGAGCUGUAAUUCCAAAAUCCAGUGAAAAACCUGUGCGUGUCAAUCAAACUUUGUUUACAAAGGUAUGUGCCAAACGCAAGGCCUGGGGGCCAAAUCCAGCUCACUCUGCCACUUCCUGGGGCCCGCAGGAGUUUGGAAUUCAAGUCCACUAAAAGAUAAAGAAGCUAAGGUUUGGUGGACCUUUGGUGCUGUUAUUAUGAGUAACACUUAACUCCAAAUAAAUUAAUAAAGUAGACGUAAGCUGCGUUUUAACCAGCAUCAAUGGUCACAGUUUUAACCAGUUCAAUGAAGGGCGUUUUUAUGGAUCCUGACUUGAGGCCACCCGCUGGAUCUAAACCUUUUAAUGCAGCACGAAAUGAGGGAUACAAAUAUUUAACCUGAGGCAAAGUUAAAUAUAUAUGAAGUAACAUUGCAUCGGCCUCAAACUUUCCGAUUUUCAGGACUGCACUCCAACAAAUGGGAUGUAAAAGCAGCCGAAUAAUCAGGGGAAACACACUGUUCCCAGGCUGCUCUCACGCACAUCAUCAGUCACCGCAGGCAAGAUGAGGCGUCGAAACUACAGCCAUCUGUGUCCGUCUGAUCACUGAAGCCUCCAGUUUGUACGGCAAAGUGUUUGGUCAGCUGCGUUUUACUCUUCUGUCGGUCCCUUCUUCUCUCACAAAAGGGGCUUUUUUUUUCACCGUCAUAAGUGUUGUAUCUCAGCAAAACCCGUGUGCAGGUUCCUCAACCUGCCUGUCUCAAUAUUUCACACCCUUUAAACGACAGUAGCAGAUAUCUGUCAGCUCACAACGCAAGAGCUGUUUAACAGCCUGAAUGGAGGCGGAAAUGUGCCAAGACUUAACAGACAUUUACACUUUGGAAUAAAUUAGAACAGGCCUGAAGGGCAUCUGAGCAGUGGCACUAAUGACACCCGCACAUGAGCGAUAUAUCAGGAUUCAGGAAGGUCUAAAUCAGGACAUCAAGAUGAAGGAUACGGGUGUAUGAUGGAGGUCGGGGGGGGCUUGUCCUUACUCUACGUUGCCAUCAUCUAAAGCUGUUUGAGACCAUGCUGACCUUGUUUCUUGUUCUUGUUUUCGGGACACUUGAGAGGGAAGAAGCACCACCUGGUGUCAAAACACCACUCUGCUUUGAAAGCCAUGGGACAGGCAUCAUUAAAUUUCAGUCAGAAACACUCGGAAGUAUUUUGUGCAACUGCCACCAGGCCAGUCACCAGCACCAAAACCCGCUCACUGAUGAUCUUCUCUCUCAAUGUCAUCGCCAAGCUGCAUUUGUUUUCCUGCCUGUAUGCUUCUUUUUAAUGACCUCCAUUCAUCAGAAACAAACUUGUUGACGAUCAAAUGUGAUCAGAUGUUUACUUGGAAGCAGCAUCUUUCUAAUUUAUCGCUCCUAUCCUGUUUGAACUGGUGUCUUUUGGGUACAUUUGAAGCAUUGCCAGCCUUUGUUUUGUAAUGUAUCAGUACUGUGGAGAUGUGUGACUAGCGCGAGCGCCGCCAAGCUCUCGCCACAUUGUUCUUACGACUUGGACUUUUUUUCUGAUGUCUAAUGAUGCUGAGGAGUUGACAUAGAGGUCAAGUGUUGCUUUCGGAAACAAGCUUGUGAAGACUCACCGUCUUGUGGGGACCUCGGAAUGGGAGUCACGGUUUGAUGCAAGCAAAGUGGUCAGUCAAGAGGAGCGUUUGGAGUGCAUUUUAGAGAGACUUGGAGUAUAGCUUUUCUAAGAAAAUAAUCAUCCCUUUUUACUUGAUGUGUGAGAUAUUGGAUACUUUGAAUCCCUGUUUCACUCAGAGAUGAGAUAAGCACCGAUUUGGCUCUUUAUUUGGGGUUUUAAAGGAAAGGUAUGAAGUUUUUUCAAGCCUUUAUUGUCAUUAAAGGCUUACAAAAUGUAAACCUAUAGUCACCCACGGAAGGUGCAGCAGCACUGUCCAAUAGUUUUAUCUGAACAGUGAGAUAAUAUAAGUCAUAUAUUUAUCAAACUCUCCUGACAUUUGCCCCGCCUCUUCCCUGCUCUCACCGCAAUGAGAAAGAGUGAGCGAAUUGUUGCGGCACAGCUCUGAAGGCGGGGCUUCUGGAGACACUGAACCAAGUGGCUGGUUUUGUCAAGGUCUCUCACUAUUUUUGAAAGAAAAUACUGUUGCUCAUCACAAGUGAUGAUGUACAUAUUAUAGGCUUCCUUGAAUGAUUUUCCAGCCAAACCGUGACUUCCAAACGUAGGUUUGGAAAAUACAUACGAGCAUCCGCACACACACUGCAUGUGUUCUCGGCCCCCUACUGAGCUCCGUGACCCAUUUUGGGAAUUUGAUUCAAUAAAACCCUUUAACACACAGCUGCUAUCACACACAGGCUUUUAUAACGCAGUGACUUGAGCACUACCUGUUACAAGGUGGUCUGUCAACGCUCAGCUGUUCAUUUCGCCUUUUAUACAUUCAAUUUUCUCGCAGUUUUAAAGGUGAGAAUUGGGUCGACGUACACGCCACAAACAAUAUUCACGCGAUUUCGGUGACAACGCUUGGCCUUUCUGUCGUGACUAUGAGUAUAUUCGUCGUCCGGCUGAUCUCUGUGAGAUUGUGGCAGCGAGGUUUUCACAUUGAAACGUCAUCAGCUGAUCUGGACAUGCUGAAGCUGUGCAUGUAUGACAUUGUUUGGUGCAUUUGUGUUUUUUAAAUGAGGGAGUUAAUAAAAACA